AUGUCUAUCGGUGAGAAUGUCGCGAAAUCCGGCACCACUGUGACAAUUGGAGAGACUUCCUACUCGGUUGACCUCACAAAAGUUCCAUACCUCGAAUCGUACUUGAGAUUCCAGAGCAACGCCGGCCAGAGCACGGUGCAUUCGGACAUCCCACUGUUCGCGGUUGCAUACGAUGGACUCGAAAAUGGCUAUCGUCAAUAUUUUCGCAAGCUUCCUGAUCAGCUCGACCAAUACCACACUCUUUGCGAGACUCUCGAUAUCCUUUGUGCCGACGUUCUACAGCAGCAAACGGUCAAGGGACUCUUUGAAGAUCUUAGAGAAGGAAAAGGGAGCUACGAGUGUGAGUACAAGCGUUCGGUCUUUGUGAAGGGCGACAAGAAAAAGGCACGCGAUGCAGCUUUCAAGCUUUUGUACUUGAUUCUACGUGCAGACUUCGAAUCAGACGUCAAAGAUAGCCAGCUCGUCUACAAUGCUGUUUUGUUUGUAGUUUCCCAUCGUGGAAUCUUCAAAUACCGCAUUCGGAAAAUGGUCCGGGCAGCAUAUGAGGAGCGCUUCAUUAUCUCUACCAAACAAAUGGCCAGCCUGAACCAAUGGCCUAUAUGGGAACCAGGAAAGGGUGGGCAAGCAUCAGAAGAUGAGGCGACUACCGAGUCAUCUUCCGAAUUCGAUGAUUGGGACAGUGAUUAUUAA